AUGAAGUUCUCUUUUCCUGCUUGUUUAUUUUCAUGUUCUACUGAAGUUAACAACAACGAUUUUGCUGAUGGAGAGAUUAAUGAUGGAAGCUUUCGUCUAUUCACUUAUCAACAAUUGAAAUCUGCUACUGGUAAUUUCAGUGACAAAAUUGGACAAGGUGGAUUUGGUUCUGUGUAUAAGGGAAGGUUUAAGGAUGGAUCUUUUGUUGCUGUGAAAGUGCUUUCUAUUGAAAUUGAAUCCAUGAGAGGAGAAAGAGAAUUUGUUGCGGAGUUAGCUACACUAGCAAAUAUGAAGCAUCGUAAUCUUGUUAGCCUUAAAGGGUGUUGUGUUGAAGGAGCAAAAAGAUAUUUAGUUUAUGAUUACAUGGAGAAUAAUAGCCUCCACCACACUUUCUUAGGUUCGGAGGAUAAACGGGAGAGAUUCAGUUGGGAAGAAAGGAAGAGUAUAUCAAUCGGUGUGGCUCGUGGACUUUCGUAUCUCCAUGAGGAGUUGAAGCCUCAUAUAGUGCAUAGGGACAUCAAAGCUAAGAAUAUACUGAUAGACAGAAGUUUUACACCGAAACUUGCAGAUUUUGGUUUGGCGAAAUUGAUGAGAGAUGAAAAAUCUUACAUUAGCACUAGAGUUGCAGGGACAUUGGGUUAUUUGGCUCCUGAGUAUGCUAGUUCUGGACAACUGAGAAGAAAAUCAGAUGUUUAUAGCUUUGGAGUAUUGCUUUUACAAGUUAUCACUGGCUUAGCCGUUGUAGAUGCCUAUAAAGAUAUCGAACGUUUCAUUGUCGAAAAGGCUUAUGCAGCUUAUGAGGCCGAUAAUCUAUUAAGAAUUGUGGAUCCUGUGCUUAAUAGAAACUAUUCCGCAAAAGAAGCCAUAAAAUUCCUCAAAGUUGGAUUACUUUGCGUGCAAGAAACCGCAAGAUUACGGCCACGAAUGUCAGACGUUGUAGAAAUGUUGACCAAUAACAGUGUUGAACUGAAUGAUGUUCACAUUUCAAAACCAGGAUUUGUUGCUGAUCUCAGACACAUCAGAAUAAAACAGAACAUGACAACAAGCUCGCCACAAGAAUCGGGCUCUUCGGGAACAACAUUUGCAAGCUCCAUUUGGAGUGUGGGAAAUCUCGCCCGUUAA